GCGUGCCGCCCCUUCCUCUGUCAAUCAGGCGGGGUGCUCAGCUUUGCUGCGGUUGUUAGAAAGCGAGGGUAUCGGAUUCGAGUGGAACCGCCGAUAUCUGGAGCUGGGUGGUGGUGUUCUUGCAGCCGUGGCGCAGUUUGUGUGCACUAUCUAAAAAUGGAUGCUGGCAAUGUUGCAGAAUCUACCAACUGUCUUCCUAAUGAAAGUGCCCAAAAUAACAGCAGUAAUCGGUCAACUGUGGAUAUGGAUAUUUCAUUUGAUUCUUCAGAGCCCUGUUCAGAAAGGGCUCAAAAUUCCACUAUUGAUGAAGGGAGUUCCCUUAAGACACCCCCUGUUAAUGAGCAAGUCACAGUAAAGCUGAAUACGGAUGGAGGCAAUGAGGUGUGGAUUAAACCAAAAAACUUCAGUGAAGGAAAUGGUGAAAGAAGAGAAUUGGAGGCAUUUUAUAAUGACUCCCCUUCAGGGAAAGGACACACUGGUCCUUCAGUAUACAGACUGAAUGAUCCCUGUAGAGCAGAUGAAGAGGGAAGUGCUAUGGAUUAUAUGUUACAGUCAGUGGACCCUACAUCCCACAAAGGGGCAGCUGAUACAAAAGAGAUUUCUGAGAAUGACCAUGCUCUGCUUUCUUCUGAAAAUCAACCUGAGCACAUGGACACAUUGGUAAAGUCAGAUGACCCAGAAACAGCCGGGCAAACAGAGAGGCCUGUGAAAGAUGCAAUGCUUAAAGGCAAUGCAGAAAUGGAGUCUAAUUUGGAAGGGAAUGAUGAAAUGGCUGAUGAUGGUCAACAGCCACCCUCUGAUGAUAAAGAGGCCAAAUCACUAUUGCCUCAGGGUGAAGAUGUGGAUGAAAUGUCUUGCCUCAAGACGGACGAGGAGCCUCGGGCCACAGAAGUAAUCCAUGAAGAAGCUGAUGCACGAGAUAAUGCACUGGAAGGGAAACAGAAAAAUGGAAAAGAAAGUAACACUUGUAAGCCUCGAUCUAAAAGAUCUUCCAGUGCAGGGUCUUCAACCAUGAUUGAAGUUAAAGUGGGAAAAUCAUCUUCAUGUGAAACUGAUGCUGCAAGUGAAGAUGUUGAAAAAGCAGAGAAAGAUACGGAAAGUAAGGAAAAAGUCCAAAAGCCCUUGAAAACUGAAAAUUGUUCAUCCUCUAGGAAAACAAAUGCAAAGGAUAAUUCCACCAUGACACAUAAUGUAAAGCAGGAAGAUGAUUAUGUUUCACGACGGCCAAGGCGCACCACCAGGUUAUCCCUACAGGCAGCUCAGGCUCAAGCUCAAGCCGAAGCCCAGGCUCCAUCUACUCGGCCCCAAAGGUCUUCACGGUCCCUGGUAAAAGUAACAUGUGCUAACUGCAAAAAGCCCUUGCAAAAGGGACAGACUGCAUACCAGAGAAAAGGAGCGCCUCAGCUCUUCUGUUCUUCUUCAUGCCUCACAACCUAUUCUCAGAAACCAUCGUCUACUAAGAUUUGCACAUUCUGCAACAAAGAUAUUUUGAAUACAAAGGAAUUGGUUGUGGCACAGGCUGGGUCAAGUCAAGCUUUCCAAGAAUUCUGCAAUGCUACAUGUCUGUCACUUUAUGAGGCCAAACUGCUUAAACCAGCUUCAUCAGAUGAGUCGAGAUGCAGUAUCUGCAAUAAAAAAGGAAAGAUUCUACAUGAAGUCAGUAAUGGAAAUGUGGUGCAUCGGCUGUGCAGCAAUGCAUGUUUCAGCAAGUUCAGAGCGAGUAACGGCCUGAAGACCAACUGUUGCGAUAACUGUGGUGUUUAUUUUUAUAACCGAGGAUUUAUGCUUCAAUACUUGUAUCAUGAAGGGCAACAAAGGAGGUUCUGCAACACAGGCUGUUUGAAUAUGUAUAAAAAGAAAAACACUAAAGUGCUUCCUUGUGCUUGGUGUAAGACUUUGGGUAAGAACUUCGACAUGAUAGCAAAUGUGGAUACCACUGGGAAAAUGGGCUUCUUUUGUUCGUUGUGUUGCAUCACCUCGUAUAAAGUGAAACAGUCUGGAACAAUAGGACCCAAGACUAAAUGCAGAUUUUGUAAAAAGAAUCUUUCAGAGCGGGUUUAUUAUAACAUGACUGACCGAGUCGUGCAUCAGUUUUGCAGCCCAAACUGUUGGACUAAUUUCCAGCAAUCAAGCCCUGAAGGCAGCAUCCAACUUAAUUGCACCUACUGCCACAAUAUUUUCAGUGGGAAACCAGAAAUACUGGACUGGCAGGGGAGCGUUCGGCAGUUUUGUUGCAAAGUAUGCUGUGAAGAUUACAAGAGACUACAUGGUGUUGUUUCGGUCUGUGAAUAUUGCAAACAGGAGAAGAUUCUGCAUGAGAAGAUUAAGUUUUCGGGAGUAGAAAAGAAUUUCUGUAGUGAAGGUUGUGUGCUUCUUUAUAAGCAGGACUUUACCAAAAACCUGGGCUUGUGCUGCAUCACGUGUGCUUACUGUUCCCAGACCUGUCAGAGGGGAGUGACCAAAGAGCUGGAUGGAAAUACAUGGGAUUUCUGUGGGGAGGAAUGCAAAAGCAAAUACCUACUGUGGUACUUCAAGGUAGCCAGAUGCCAUGCCUGCAAACGUCAGGGCAAGCUUCUGGAAACGGUACACUGGCGCGGGGAAAUUAAACACUUCUGCAACCAGCAGUGCCUCUUGCGCUUCUACAGUCAGCAAAACCAGCCCAAUCUAGCGACGCAGAAGGGACCUGAAAGUCUGCUCAACAAUGAGGCGCAGGAGUCUAAGAAUGCGACGUCUCCAACUCCCUCUCCGACUCCCUCUCCCACGAAAUUUGAACAGCUCUCUGGUACCUCACCCAGUGGCCAUUCUUCACGUGCAAGCUUGGGCAGUGAAUGUGAGGGAGACAGCACAGCUCAACCUGAUUCUGUCGUCUCUUCGAUGACCACACAGGCAUCUGUACAGACUCGGUCAUCAAAACAGCCACCACCACCGCCACCUCCACCACCUUCACCACCAUCUCCACCUCCUGUGACACUGAAGAAUAAGGCGAUACUGUGCAAGCCCUUGACUCAGAAUAAGGGCAUCUCCUGUAAACCCGAAAUGAAGUCCAAAGGAUGUCAAACAGAAGAGGAAUGGAAGCCACACUUGAUUGUGGUACCCAUCCCUGUGCCAGUCUUCAUACCAGUGCCUAUGCAUAUGUAUUGUCAAAAUACCCCAGUGCCUUUCUCUAUGCCAAUCCCGGUCCCUAUUCCGAUGUUCCUUCCUACCACUUUAGACAGUGCUGAUAAGAUAGUAGAGACGAUAGAGGAACUGAAAGUUAAAAUCCCUUCAAACCCAUUUGAAGCUGACAUACUCGCCAUGGCAGAGAUGAUAGCAGAAGCUGAGGAAAUGGAAAAAGCUUCAUCAGACCUUUGUGAUCUUGCUAGCAAUCAGAGUGCUGAUGGCCUCCUAGAAGACUGUGACUUAUUUGGACCCGCCAGAGAUGAUGUGUUGGCCAUGGCAGUUAAAAUGGCUAAUGUCUUAGAUGAACCAGGACAAGAUUUGGAAGCAGACUUUCCCAAAACUCCAUUAGAACUUAAUACGGGUGUUGAUUUCCUGUUUGACUGCGGGCUUGUAACAACAGAUGAGGAACAACCGGAAUCUGAAAUUCCGCGGGCUGUAAGAAGGGGUCAAAAGCGGCUAAUGCUUUCAGAAAGCUGUUCACACGAUUCUCUUGCUAGCCAACAAUGUUGUACGGGAUUAAAUUACUCAUACGGGGUAAAUGCUUGGAAGUCUUGGGUCCAAGCUAAGUAUGCCAGUGGAGAUACCAGUAAAAGUGAAGAGCUCAAGUUUGGACCUAAACCGAUGAGAAUUAAAGAAGAUAUUUUAUCCUGUAGUGCUGCAGAACUAAACUAUGGGCUAGCCCAAUUUGUUAAAGAAGUACAGAGGCCAAACGGAGAACGUUACGAGCCGGAUAGCGUGUACUAUUUAUGUCUUGGAAUUCAGCAGUUUUUGCUUGAAAAUAACCGAAUGGUGAACAUAUUCACUGACCUUUAUUACCUUACCUUUGUCCAAGAAUUGAAUAAAAUGUUACAAGGUUGGCAACCAAGUUUGCUUCCAAAUGGUUUAAUAUUCUCCCGGGUGGAAGAAGAGCACCUCUGGGAAUGUAAGCAACUGGGAGUAUACUCACCCUUUGUUCUACUAAACACACUCAUGUUCUUCAACACAAAGUACUUUGGGUUGAAGUGUGUGGAAGAACACAUGCGGCUGUCGUUCACCAGUGUUGUUCGGCAGUCCAGGAAAUGCACAACACCAAGAGGGACCACAAAAGUGGUCAGCAUUCGCUAUUACAUGCCAGCUCACUACAAAAAAGGAAGAGAUCAAGGCAGCACUGUAGGAAAGAGGAAACGCGAGGAGGAAGUUGCUGUUUUUGAGCAGAGAGAAAACCGAAUGAAUCCAUUAAGAUGCCCUGUGAAAUUUUAUGAGUUCUACCUCUCGAAAUGCCCUGAGAGUAUGAAGAACAGGAAUGACGUUUUCUACUUGCAGCCAGAGCGCUCCUGUGUGGCAGAGAGCCCCCUGUGGUACUCAGUUAUUCCCAUGGAUCGGAGUAUGUUGGAGAGCAUGCUGAACCGAAUCAUGGCUGUGAAAGAAAUCUAUGAUGACUAUUCGAAGGAUUCACUAGAAGAUGAUGACGUUGAAGGAUGAUGUGUAGUAGAUGUUGUACAAAGUUCUGUUACUUUUUUUUUAGAAAAACAAUGGGUCAUUAUAGGCUGGCCUACUUGGUGCUGCGGAAAAAAAUUACUACACACGUACUUGCAGAGUCAUGUGGCCUGUUUGUGAGAGCAGAGAUGGUUAGACUAUCACCAUUGUUUGGAGACAGUAUCCCUUUUAGCUUGAGUGCACUUGCUGACAAUCGGGUGUACAUAACAUUCUCUAGAGACCAAAAAAAAAUUGCUUUGAACCUAAAGCUCUUGCAGUCAAUAAGCAAGCAGCUUCGUACUUGCUCUAAAUGGGAAAAGUUGACGCGGUUAGCAGUAUACAUACUGAUGCAGUGGGAGAGUCCUUCAUUUAAUUGCAGUUCUUGGGAUUUUAGCAUUGCUAAAGAAAAUGGUCCAGCAAAGUGGGAUCUUAGAUGCUAUAAAGUAGCCUGCCUUCAAGAACAUUCCACUUAUUGCUACCAUUUUAUUUUUAGAAAAAGAGGAGCACAAUAGGGGAAGAGUAGGGUGAUUCUAAGUCUGUUACUGAGAUUAAAUAAUAUUGGAAAUUUGUUCUCAGUUGCUGCACUGCUCAUAAGUAUAAGGAAAAUUUGAAGGCAAAUGGUGGUGCAAAGUAUAUGCUUCCACAGUCAUGUGUCAUACUAACCCAUAUCUGGAAUAUCCUUGCAUUCAGCUUUUACAUUAAAAGUUUAUUUUCAACUGUCUCCCUGAGAAAGAUGGGAGGAGGAAUGGGCAAGGAGAUUUCUAUCCAGAGUGCAAGAGUAGUAGUUUUUAAACAUUCUUUUGUAAGUGAUUUGAAAGGUGAAGCAUCUACUGCCAGUAAGAGGCGUGUGUUUCUCUUGAGGACAUUUUGUAGAACAGCCUGCUAGGUCUUAGCUCAAUUUAAGGAAUUAAUAAAUAUUUUCUGAGGAAACUUUUGCUGGAGAGGAUGAGUGGAACUUCAGUAUAACAAAUUGUCCUUUCCUAUACCCCUUGUCGAAAUGUUAGCUGAUGUCUGAAUCUAUAAAAAUAUUUGAUUCUAUUUUGUGUAUUUUUAAUUAUAAACAAAAAAAAGGCUGUGAACGUUUAUAGUUAAUACCAUAAUUUACUAGCACAGUGGACUUUGCAAUAUAUUUGAAGUUGGGGGGUGAGAAGAAGUUUUAUGUGGACAAUUUUUUAGUUUGAUGUAAUUUCUAACUCCAGUUUUUAUUUUCUGCUGAAAUAGUACUGUCAUUCCCUUGUAUCAUCCAUGUUGCUCGUACAGUGAGAAACAUUAACCUGUGCAAUAAUGCUUUCAUCACUUGACCUGUAAGACUGUCCAGCCAAAUCCUCUCUUUAAGAAUGCAAAUAGCAGAUUAGUAUUUGAAGUAAUACUCUUUCAAAAAUAAAAGAAUUGCAACUUUUGCUGGUAGCUAAUAGAUUGAACUGUUUGCCUCUGGUUUGAUUUUUGUUGAGCAGGAAUACUUGCUGUAUCAAUGUGCUACCAGGCCGGUCAGCUGACCUGUGAAGAAAUUCAGUAUUUGAAGGAACCCAGGAGGAAAGGGGAUCAAAAAAGGGGAUACUGUCUCUUGUGUGUUUUUCUGUAUUAUAUAUCAAAAAAGCUGUUUCAUUGAGCUAGAUCAGUGUAAACAAUGUUUUAAAAUGGUAAACAUCUGUACAGUAUUCAAUUGGUAACCUGAAGGUUUGCCAAGAUGACAUGCAUUAAAUUUCAUUUUUUAAAAUAAAAAUUUAAAGCUGUUUAUGCAAACUGAAUGGACCUGAUGCUGCGGGUUUAUAAACUGCUGUACCACAAUCACUAAUUGUUAAAACUCCUAUCCUUAGAUGAAAGCAGUUGAGUUUCACUUGAUCAUUUCAGAAAUUGUACUUUUUUGGAUGUGAUGUAAAAUUUAGGAAAAAAGGUAUUUACAUGUCCACAGUGAACCAUUUUUAGGGUAUUUAGUGUAGGGACACUAUAAUGACCCUUUUUAUAUCUUAUGUUGAAUUGUAAUCUGUAAAGAAGUAUGUCUUCUCCACUUAAAAGAAAUUCCUGGUAGAUGGGUUGGUUGAAAUACUAAUCUUGACCUACAUUGAGUGGUAUAAUGGUUUCAAAAUACUAUCUCUUGCCUUGAAAUAAAGUAGAGAAAAGGUGGUCUGAGUUUGUUAAAUGAAAUCUGCUUGUGGAAAUGCAAUUGUGCGUUUUAUUAGAUUCUUUCUAAUAAAUAACGUGUCCAUGAUUACAUUGUAUUGAGAUUCAGUUAGGGUGUGUUAAAUUGCACUCCCACCCUCUUGAUAACGGGCAUUGGUUAUCUUGUUGUCUCUAAGAUUAACCACACUGGUAUGCGUCACUGUAUAAAUUGUUGACCAAAGUUGAACUAUGUCAUUUUAUUGGAAAAAAAAUUGUGGAAAAGUGGCUGAAAACAUAAAGAUUAUUUGUGUUCUCCCAUUACAAUUUUGUGUUUUGUAUAUUCGUUGGUCCUUUAUGAUUAACAUCUGUACAGAAUACUCAAACGGAUUGCUCAACUUGCCCAUGACAAAAAUAAUUUGAAACAGAAUGCAUCUUCAGGUUUAUGACUGAAGCCAUCAGAAAGUCUUAAGACCCUUUUUUAAUAUUGUCUUGCCACAAUAGAGUCUGAAGUAUUGCCGAAUCAUUACAGUAUAAAGCUUGGGAAAUUGCACAGCUCUGUUGUCAAACACUUUUCCACCCAACAUUUAUUACUCUUCACAUGACACUACAUUCUUCCGGCCACCCCAAUCCUGGUAUAAGCUAAUAAUAACAGAAAUUGUCAACUGAUUGAGGUGCAUUUAUAUUGAAAGGAGUAGUGGUUACCUUUGGCAGCUUGCUAUGUCUAUGCUGAACUACCUGUAAGGUUGCCAGUUUAGGCUUGUUUUGCAGAGCUGGACCUCUUUGUCAACAUAACAGUGAUUUGCUCUUGUGUAGUGAAAUUUUCAAUUAUCACUCGGCUAAAUCCCCUAUUCCCCCACAAGAAAAAAAAUCAAGAAGAGAAAUAACACUGCAUUCCCUAUAAAGUGUGGCACAUGAUUGAGGUUCUUGCAGUUCUUGUGGCCAAAAAGGAAACAGCAAGGUGAAGUGUCUGGCGAAAAAGGCAAAUGAGAGUUUACAGAUCUUCCAUCUCUUAUAUUUUCUGUACUCCAUUCCUGAGUUCAUUGACCUCUUAAUAUUGACAGGUUAUUUUGUGAGAAGGAUAGGGAUACUGGUUUCAUAGCUAAGCCCGAUCCUGUUUCUCCAUGGCAUUUGAAUGUGUCAUGAGAGACUGGAUGAUACUUCAGAAGAUGUGUUUAUUUUUAUGUUUUGGAGUUUAGGUGAAUGUUCACAACAUUAUCCUUGCUCCAGAUAAGAUUUAAUGUAGCAUGAAUUGGGCGUCAAACGGGGCACUUUCAGGACGACUAACCCUUUGCUUCCACAUAUGCCACUUGACGCACUGAGGUCCCCCAGCAGUGUUUUGCUCCAGAUUUCACAUCUGCAGUCUUGUGUCUGAGGGCACUUUGUUAGUCUUCAUUGCUCACGUGCUGGUUGUGAAUUCACCAGUGGAAAUAAUAGGAGAGCUAAUGUCACUGUGAUUAGAUAAUAAGUAGAAGCCCAGCCCAUGUCAAAUGUUGGCUUUGUGAACCCUUUUACCAUAGCUUUCCUGUCUAUUACAUUUUCUACUCAUUCUACACACACAAAAUUCUGCUUAAUAUUUGCACUGCUAAAAGUGUUCAAUCCCUUUUCUAGUUGGAAAAGUAUUCAGUGUAGUCUGAGCUCAGUGAUUACAUUUUUAAAUGUGCUUUUGCUUUUCAAUAAUUCUCUAUAAUAGUUUUUCAUUGAACUGCACUGGUUUCACCUUUUUAUAUGAAAUGUCCUUUUUGCUAACUGCUCUUUUAGAUUUCCUACUAUUUUGUUUCUGUGCUUCUUUCACUAGAGUGGGUAGUGAGCUAGGUUUGCAGAGUUCUGUUAUUUCCUUCUGUUGGCAUGAAGUAGGUUGAUGGAGUGGGAAGAGAAGAGCAAUGAACACAUUCAGCUGUUCUUCCUUUUUACUCCACUCUUGUUUUUGUUCCUUUAUGAACAGGUUUGCAUGGCUGAGAGGAAUUUUACAGCAGUGUUCAGAAGUCAUUGGAAAUCGGACCUAAUGCUGUUUGUAUUUGGAAUUUGAAUACUGAGUCAGAGUUAUGGUGCUGCUAUUCUAUUAUUUCUAUUUGUAGAAUAAUAUAGAUACAGAACCUAUUUCUAUUGUUCUCUCUGUCUCUUUGUUUUUUUUCUCCAUCUCUAAAUGCAAACUAAACACUAAUGCCAAACUUUGUCAAUCUCAUAGCACAUCCUCACUGAAUUCUAAUCUUUUUACUAUUAAAAAAACAUGCUUCACUGUAAAUGAUGAGUUUAUACAACAGGUGACAAGAAGAUGUUGGGUAAUAUGCAGGGGCAUGUCUAAAUGUAAGAUUAAUCUUUGUCUUGUCAGGCAACGUGUGUAGAGGAUAUUAACUUUUCAGGUCAAUAAUCUUUCAUCCAUUUUGACCAGUGGAAUAUUCCCAGUAUUUUCUAUUGUUAUUUUGGAUUUCCAAAGCCUGGAGUAUUUUGUGUUUUUAAAUCUUUAGCUGUCUUGUUCCUGUUGUGUUCUUGACCUCAGAUAUUGUUGUAAAGUACUGGAUUUUACAAUAGAGUUUAAUGCAAAAGAGAUUUACUCUUUGAUUUGGCUGAGCCUCUAAUUCAAUAAGCUGCUAUAUAAACCACUGUUCAUUGAA